AUGGCCCCGAAGCAGCCAUGCGCCAAGUAUCAAUAUGUCGUAACCUCAACAGGUCCCAAGAUUCUCCCUGUCGACGAACCCUCGUGCAAGGACGAGGAGAGUCCCGCAGAUUACAACGCCGGUGGUUAUCUCCCCGUCAAGGUCGGCGACUGCUUCAAGGACAAUCGUUAUAGGGUUGUCCGGAAACUAGGAUGGGGCCAUUUUUCAACCGUCUGGCUUGUGAAGGACACGCACAUACAACGCCAUUCUGCACUGAAAGUCGUCAAGUCCGCGGGACGAUACGCUGAGACAGCCCGAGACGAAAUCAAACUCUUGUCUCGAGUGUCUUCAUUUUCACCAGCGCACCCAGGCAGAGAGCACAUUGUAUCGUUCCUCGACUCUUUCUCACAUCAAAGUCUUGAAUCCUCUCAUGUAUGCAUCGUCUUUGAGCCAUUGGGCGAGAACCUGUUGGCCCUCAUAGAGAGAAACAAGAAGAAGGGGGUACCUCGCUCGCUCGUGAAGGUCAUAGCUAAGCAAAUCCUGCUUGGGCUCGAGUAUCUCCACGACGAAUGCGACCUUGUCCACACCGACAUCAAGCCAGAGAAUAUCUUAAUUUCCAUUCCCGAUAUUGAGACACACAUCUACAACGAACUCUCUCAAUCGCCUUCACCAACUUCACGUCGAGUGGGCGUGCCUCUUCCUACCAAAUCCCGAGCCGGAGUUUCGAUACCAAACCAACAACGGACGCGAAAGCAAGUUCAAAUAUUCGAUUCGCAACCUUUAUCUAGCCCAAGCAGAAGCUCCACAAGAAGUGCCUUCGAGAAUGCAACCAUGCACGGCCGGUUUGAUAGCAGUGGGAGUGGGAGUGUCAGCCAGAACAGCAGCUACAUCGCACAGAUGCACAUGACGAAGAAUGGCUAUCCUGGGAGCCAGACUGCGAGCUUCAGCUCCAGUGCACCCAAAGUGCCCAGCGGCCUGUCAAGCUCUGCGCCCCGUAACGAUCCCACCUUCCAGAAGACUGCCCAGAUGUUCGCUGCCAAAGGCAUCACAGCUGUUCCGACGCGCGUUAUUAAUUCUCCAUCAACUUCUUCGUCAUCGUCUUCUAUUUCCUCUGCCUUAGCGUCGACGACGGCCGGUUCGAGUAGUCUCGUCAGCACGCCUCCGACUUCCCUUUCUCAUUCCAUUGGCAAUGUGGUCAUGGGUUUCAUGGGUACAGGUAACUUUGAGACCGAGCUUAGGACAAGACCGAAGGCGUCACCUCCCAACGCCAAAAGUACAGAGGACGACGAAAGGGAUGCUCUUCUUAUAGCCCCGAAGAAAACCAGGCCCAAGCUGGAUCUGGAAGCAGAAUUAAGCAGUGCUAUCUCGACCUCUUGGAAGGCCGACGCUACUCCGGGGUCGUGGAUGGACAAAGUCUCUAGUUCCUUUGCAUCCCAGAAGUCAACUGCCAGUCUAACCAAGACGAGCAAGCAACGGUCAAACGGACAUGGCCAUACAAGGUCACAUUCAGGUUUGUCUAAUGCUAGCUUCUGGAAAGACCCUGGAACCGCGCCUCCUGCUCCUGCCGUCCUUGUCUCUGCUGUUGUCAGCGCUGACGGACACGAAGACAAUUUCUCGAAGGUUAUCACGGUCGACGUUAAGAGCAACUCGGCUUCCGAAAGCUCGUCUACAGCUACGACGAUUGUAAGACCUUCGCCGACUGGAACACCCCUCCCAAUCGCGAAGAAAUCGACGUCCCUCAUCAACGGUGUCAGCAAGCUGAUUCACGAUACAUCACAUCUAUUUUCCGGCGAACCUUCACCUUCAGGCUCUGAUUCUAGAGACACACAUCUCAAGCCGUCGUCCAACUCGCAUAGCACCCACACCUCCCUCCUCACCCGAACUGCCCCUCGCCCCGUUCCUACUACCUCGCCCAAACGGACUAGUGUUCGUAUAUCACCUCCCCAACAGGUUUCGCAACUAUCUGCCCACAUGCAUUUGCAUAAUCCUUGUAAUUGUUCUGAUCCGUUGCAUAAGCACUCCACGACACGUACCAAGACCAAGUCGCGGGCAUCACGGGUGGCCCAGCAGCCAUCGAUUUCAACAACGUCACCUACCUCCGUCACACCUACGCCUGCUAUAUCCACACCCUCCGCUCCUCCGCCCACCCCUGUCGAGUCACCGUCGAUUAUGUCCCUUAUUCCCCCCUCUUCGAACGCCACUAAUGGUCAUGGAGAUGUACCGGAAGCUGUACCUCAGCCUGCUCAUCCCCGCAUGCUUCCUCAUCUGAGAACGCCCGCUGAGGAAAGGCCCUUGCUGCCUCCAAUCUCCAUCAAAAUCGCCGAUCUGGGGAAUGCGACACCCUCGAAGAAGCAUUACACGGAGGAUAUACAGACGCGUCAGUAUCGUGCUCCUGAAGCUAUUCUGGGUCGUCGUGACUGGGAUACGAGGGCUGACAUCUGGAGUGUGGCUUGUGUGGUGUUUGAGCUGUUGACGGCCGAGUAUCUCUUUGAUCCCCAAGGACAAGGAGAGCUGUUCACCAAGGAUGAUGAUCAUAUGGCUCAAAUUAUCGAGCUGUUGGGCGACUUCCCUCUCGAGGUGAAGAUGGGUGGUAAAUACAGCCGCGAGUUGUUUGACCACACAGGCGCUCUACGGUACAUUCGAACACUGAAGCCCUGGCCCCUCAAGCGCGUCAUGAUCGAGAAAUAUCUUUUCUCAGAGGCCGACUCGGCAUCGCUUUGUUCUUUCUUAGAACCCAUGCUGGCUGUUAGCAUGCGUGAGCGUGCCCAUGCACGCGACGUGAAGAAUAACCAGUGGCUUGAACUGACUGACGAGGAACGCAUGGCGACUGAAUGGUAA